AUGGCCUGCACUGAAAACAAGGUCUCUGUUUUGCUCUGUUUCUCAUUGUUCUGUGUCACAGUUUUGUUAAGUUGUGACCGGGUUUGGGGCCAAACAUCUGCUGUUUUUGCCUGUGAUGUUGCAAAGAAUCCGGCUUUGGCGGGUUUUGGGUUCUGUGACAAGUCAUUGUCGGUGGAGGCAAGAGUUGCUGACCUUGUGAAGAGGCUUACAUUGCAGGAGAAAAUUGGGAACUUGGUGGAUUCUGCAAUGGAAGUGAGUAGGCUUGGGAUUCCAAAGUAUGAAUGGUGGUCUGAGGCUCUUCAUGGAGUUUCCAACAUUGGCCCUGGGACCAAUUUUUCCAGCGUGGUGCCCGGAGCAACCAGUUUUCCCAUGCCUAUUCUCACUGCAGCUUCUUUCAAUAGUACCCUCUUUGAAGCCAUUGGAAGAGUGGUUUCAACAGAAGCCAGAGCAAUGUACAAUGUGGGGUUGGCUGGUUUGACUUAUUGGUCGCCAAACAUUAACAUAUUCAGAGAUCCCAGAUGGGGGAGAGGACAGGAAACACCAGGGGAAGACCCUUUGCUAAGUAGCAAAUAUGCAACAGGAUACGUGAAAGGUCUGCAACAAACUGAUGAUGGAGACCCCAACAAGCUCAAGGUUGCUGCUUGUUGCAAACACUAUACAGCCUAUGAUCUGGACAACUGGAAAGGUGUUCAGCGUUACACCUUCAAUGCUGUGGUGACACAGCAAGAUUUGGAUGACACAUUCCAACCACCAUUUAAGAGCUGUGUAAUUGAUGGGAAUGUUGCCAGUGUUAUGUGUUCCUACAACCAGGUUAAUGGAAAACCAACCUGCGCAGACCCAGACCUCCUUAAGGGUGUUAUCCGAGGGGAAUGGAAAUUAAAUGGAUAUAUAGUUUCUGACUGUGACUCGGUAAAAGUGCUUUUCAAAGAUCAGCACUACACCAAGACUCCUGAAGAAGCUGCAGCCAAAAGCAUUCUGGCAGGGUUGGACUUGAACUGUGGAGAUUAUCUUGGUCAAUAUACUGAAGGGGCUAUCAAGCAAGGACUUGUGGACGAAGCAUCCAUUAACAAUGCUGUUUCCAACAAUUUCGCCACAUUGAUGCGUCUUGGUUUCUUUGAUGGUGAUCCAAGCAAGCAAUCUUAUGGAAACCUUGGUCCAAAGGAUGUAUGCACUUCAGAGAACCAGGAGCUCGCCCGUGAAGCUGCAAGGCAAGGGAUUGUGUUGCUUAAAAAUUGUCCAGGAUCACUGCCUCUCAAUGCCAAAGCCAUUAAAUCAUUGGCAGUUAUAGGGCCCAAUGCUGAUGCUACUAGGGUCAUGAUUGGAAACUAUGAAGGCAUCCCUUGCAACUAUAUAUCACCCUUGAAAGGCCUAACAGCCUUAGUUCCUACAAGCUUUGCUCCUGGCUGUCCUGAUGUGCAAUGUGCCAAUGCCCAGCUAGAUGAUGCCACAAAGAUUGCUGCCUCUGCAGAUGCAACCGUGAUUAUAGUUGGUGCAAGUCUAGCUAUAGAGGCAGAAAGUCUUGACAGAGUUAACAUUCUUCUUCCAGGACAGCAGCAACUUCUAGUGAGUGAAGUUGCAAAUGUAUCCAAGGGACCUGUGAUUCUUGUCAUAAUGUCUGGAGGAGGCAUGGAUGUGUCCUUUGCUAAAACUAAUGAUAAAAUCACAAGCAUCCUGUGGGUUGGCUACCCCGGCGAAGCUGGUGGAGCAGCCAUAGCUGAUGUGAUUUUCGGGUUUUAUAAUCCAAGUGGAAGGCUACCAAUUACAUGGUAUCCACAAUCGUAUGUAGAAAAGGUACCAAUGACAAAUAUGAACAUGAGGGCAGAUCCUGCUACAGGUUACCCUGGUAGAUCAUAUAGAUUUUAUAAAGGGGAAACUGUUUACUCAUUUGGAGAUGGAAUAGGCUUCUCAAGUGUCGAGCACAAAAUAGUUAAAGCACCACAGUUGGUGUCUGUUCCCCUAGCAGAUGAUCAUGUAUGCCGUUCCUUAGAAUGCAAGUCACUUGACGUUGCUGAUGAGCAUUGUCAAAACUUGGCCUUUGAUAUUCAACUUAAGGUCAAGAACAUGGGGGAAAUAAGCAGUAGCCAUACAGUGCUACUGUUUUUUACUCCUCCUUCUGUACACAAUGCACCUCAGAAACACUUGUUGGGUUUUGAGAAAGUGCACUUGACAGGAAAAUCAGAAGCACAGGUUAGUUUCAAGGUAGAUGUUUGCAAGGAUUUGAGUGUAGUUGAUGAACUUGGCAACAGGAAAGUUCCCUUGGGACAGCAUCUGCUUCAUGUGGGAAACUUGAAGUAUCCAUUGGGUGUGAGGAUUUGA